UAAGCGCUCAUAUCGUACUCGCGAACUGUUUUGUUUUUGUUUUUCGCGAUACAGAAUACAGCAGUCGAAAAUAUUCACGAUUUGAAUGCGUCUUUACCAUACCAACAUCGUUGUAAAGUUCGCCUGAGGGACCAGAACCGUGCGGAGAAACUAGAAUUCGGCGGAAAGUUGAUAAAUAAUAUCGCAAACGCUCUUUGGAGAUAAGCCUUCGAACGGUGCACGGUUUUCGGUGGCACGAGUUGUUUUAACCAGCGUUGCGAGCCUUUUAGUGACACUGUUGUCUUCCGCACGAUGCCUUCGAAGAAGAAAAAGUAUAAUGCACGUUUUCCGGCGGGUCGCAUCAAAAAGAUAAUGCAAACGGACGAGGAGGUUGGAAAGGUGGCCCAGGCUGUUCCCGUGAUAAUCUCUAGGACAUUGGAACUGUUCGUGGAAUCGUUGCUGACGAAAACGCUGAAAAUCACCAACGCACGGAACGCUAAAACGCUCUCCACAUCUCACAUGAAGCAGUGCAUCAUAUCGGAGAGCCGGUUCGAUUUUUUGCGCGAUCUUGUCAAAAACAUCCCGGAUAUGGGCAUUAACGAGGAGCUUUCCGGAUCGGAAGCUGGCUACGGCAAUGAAGGAACCUCACCGGCAUCUACCUCGACCUCGUCAUCCUCCAUGUCGUACUCGAAUGGAGCGGCAGCGGCAGCAGCCGCCGCUGCAUCGACCACAAUUGGCAGUCACCUGCCGUACGAAAUGCAUCCAGUAUCGCUGCAACGUUCCGAAUCGUACUCGCCGGCAACGGUAUCCUUCUCGCUGCUACCACACCACAGUCAGUCACACGGCAAACGAGGCCUCAGUCAGGGUGGAAGUUUAAAUUUCUACAAAGAGAUACCGCUCGAAGAGACGGGGAGUCCGCCGCCGCCGAAACUGAACCGCCUUAAUUCAGCCCCGGCCGGCGGUGCACCGACAGCUUUGCCAUUUAAAAUCGACAUCCUACCAAACCUCCCGACAGUGGCCGGCAUGGUCACGUCCCCUGCCGUAUCGAGCCCGACCGUCAAAAGUACGACCCAAACGUCCGGUGCCAUAACGCCACAGAUAACGUACAACUUCGAACGACUCGCAGCAGCACCGUCGACGAUGGUCCCAUCGACGGUUGCGUCCCUCGAACCAGUCAUAAAGCUGGACUAUUCUAACCUAAGAUUGCCGGCGACGAGCGCGUCCCCGCAUGGGAGCUCUCGACGGUCGGCGACAACGCAACCCACGAUCAAAAUUGAUCUCAGCAGCUUAGCAACCGGCGGCCCUCCGACCGGCGACGGUGGGACACCGAAGAAACUUACGGAGGCUGGAGGUGGAAUGAGUAAACAUUAUGCAUCACCCACCACCAGCUCCGCAGCGAUCAGCCCAAUAGCUGUCCAAAGCCCGGUGGCAGCGGCACCACCGCUCUUCGCAACCCUAUCCUCUACCAUCCCAGGAAUGGAUGAGGAUUACGACGAUAUUUAACUUACCAGCUGGCGCAUGAACGAUGCGUCGUUGUAGUUGCAUUUACUAUGUCUUGUUUUUUUCCUUCCUUUUUUGUUUGCUUCUUCUCUCUGAUGCACUAACCCCUCGGUUUACAACGAUUGGAUGUUGAAUGUCGCUGAAAGAAUAAAGCGUUACUGGCGUUACGCAGUAUAGCAAACAGCCACCUCACGAUCACAAGUGGAAACAAAAACCACUGUUGCUUUGAUGUGAUGAUUGUAAAUAGUACAUUUUGUGUGUUCAAAAGUCAAGCAAAUGGUUAACAAAGUCCUUUUACGCGUGACCUUUCCGCACCACCCCCUUUGGAUCCUCCGCACAGCCUACUAGCGCGUAGACUGUUCCACACGUGUACCAGUGUGUAAACGGAUCAGAACGGAAGAAGGAUACGAUGUAUGUUUUACCAAAACAAUUAAUAGGUUUCAGUCAGGAAAAAGGAUACAGAACACGUACCGCUAAACCGAAAACACCCUGUAACACCGAACGGCCACGUUGGACACGUGGACACAGAUUUACGUGGCAUCCCCCUCGUGGUACGCGGUUACGUUUCCUUUACUCAAUUUUGUUGCCUUUAGACAACACAACAACACACACACACAUAACAGUAAACUGUGAAAAAAUGAUUGUAUUAAAGCGUAAA